AUGCCGGCUCUCACGACAAGGGACUCGAUUGUCCUCAAAUCACUCUUCGACCCUGAGGCAUCGGCGACACACACGACAAAACAUGCAUCAUCACAGACAUCACUACCCGGGAUGACAGAGCAUCAAUUCACCAUCUACAGAUCGACUGAGCUCCAAAUCAUCUCUCAGCUGCAAGAAAAAUCUCCAACUACAAGCACCGUUCAAGGCACGAUUGAUGGCCUAUCAUCGCUGAUCAAAGAGUCGCCUGGCUAUGCCUCUGCAUACAUCAAUCGCGCACAAGCAAGACGUCUGCUCAUCCCACUUGAUGGUCUUUUCACGCCCGAUCACGCUGAAGCUAGCGAACAACUACUCAAAGAUCUCCAACAAGGCAUUCAGCUCGCCGAACCAAAAGCAUCAGACCAAGAACCAUCAACGCAUCAGACUACAGUGCUCGCGGCCGCUCACACACACCGAGGCUUUCUGCUAUUGAAGAUCGCCGACAUCAUUCGCAACGGAGAGCAAGUUCAUGGCGUCAACGAGACGGUCAAGUCAGCUUCUGCUGAGACUGUCGAGGAGCAAGCAAGCAGGGACUUUGCUGCUGGAGGUCAGUACGGAAACAAGGAAGCACGAGAGAUGGCCGUAAGAACGAACCCAUAUGCCAAGAUGUGCGGCGCCAUCGUCAAGGAGGCGCUGAAGAAGGAGCAUGAAGAGUGGAGGGCAGAUCAGCUUUGA